AUGCUCAACAAACACACCACUUCUGCAAUUGAUGGUUUGAGCCCUAGCGGAGGAAUUCCAGAUUCCUUGCACCCUCCAGGAUUCAGCCUAGCCAUUCUCUACCCAGGUAGUGCACCGGGCGCGCUCUCUCAACCUACCAGUCAACACAUCGACGGUGCCAUAUGUCGAGUUAAGUAUCAUUUGUAUGAAGUGUCGAUCUAUUGGCCGGUGAUAUACAGCAUCAUUAUCAACGGCUCUGCGGACCCCGAGCUGCUACCCUACGCACCACUAUUCUUCCAAUCCGCGACGAGUCUCCUUGGCUCAGCGAGCCUCGCUCUGAGAUUCUGGGAGCAGAUUGAAGCGUCGCUCGAUGCUCUGCAGGGGCCAAGUAUGCUGAGUCCGGCUGUGCAGUAUAUGCAGGAGUCGCUGAAGGUCCGAUUAGAGGAGACCAAGAUUCAACAGAGGGCUUGA